GUUUUGGGCAUCGACUUCAGCGCUGCCUUCAUCAAUGCCGCAAAUCGCAUGAGGGCUGGUGAGGAGAUUCGGUUCAAGUUGCCCCUGGAGGGCGAGCUGGAGGCCGAGAUCACGGCGGCACAUGAGCCAAACGUGGAUGACGCAGUUCGCCAGCGUGCGUGGAGCUGA